AUGCCAGGUCUCUCAAUGCGCAAGGGACCAGCUGUGUCUCUGGUCCAGGAUCAGGAUAUCACUCUCGUGGACGACACUGAUGCGGACCUCACCAUCACAGUCAUCGGCGCGGCCGAAGAAGGCGGCACCAGGUAUGUGACUGACAUACUCGUCUCUUCGAAAACUUGCGAGCAGUCUCCCUACCUGCGCGCGCUGCUCAAUGAGAGCGAUGACAAGACCGAGAUCACCUUAGGCGGAGACGCCAAGUCGAACGAGGUUGGCGAGAACAAAGAAGGGAUCCUCGUGUGGUUGGCUCAUCUUCACGGACUGACUCAAGAGCGUAUGAAAGAGCUGGGACUUUGGCAGAUAUCUCUUCUUGGCGUCUGGCAUGCUAUCAGCUCAUGGGACCUGCACCAGGACCCCAAAGUCAAAGAGAACCUGGGCGCCUGGUUCAAUAAUUGGUAUGAGUCCAACAUGGCCGGCGUUGAUCUAACUAUUCCCACGGCACGAGCUCUUGCCUACCCGUGUUACAUCUUCGACCACGCCGUUGGCUACGCCCGCGUCACAAAGUACCUCGCCUACAACCACAUUGGCCACGUCAAGGAGCGCCCGCCUAAGGGCUUUAAGGGGGGCAGGCAUCACCAUAUUGGCGAACGCCAGUUUCUAGGGCCCAUCAACCACGCCCGCGGAGGUCUCAGGAACACUCUCCAUAAGAGUUUGUACAGCAAAGUCGGCAGGCUCCUGCGAUUCGAGACGGACAUGUGUACUUGCUGGGAUGCUACAAUCGGACGCUAUCAGUAUGCUCUGACCAAGAUCGAUGCUUGGCCAGUCGACGAUGUCCUCAACCACAGCAGCAUCAGCCAGGUCGUUCGCCGUUUGAAGGGCUUCCAGUAUAACCAUGUCCCCAAGUGCAAGCGAUGCCGUGGUAUAGACUGGGAGACUAUCGUUCUCAAGGCACAGUCCAACACUGAUGGUUACUUCAACGGUAUGUGUCUCGAUUGCAUGGAUCGGAGCAAGCCAAAGGGCGAGGAUCUUGAUGAUGAGUACGAGAAGCACAAUGAGAGCGUUGGUGGUCGCUGGGAUACUCGUUGCCGUAUCAAGCAUGGCCAACCCACCUGGUACAUAUCCUGGCUUGGUCGACCAGACACCCGCGAGAAGAUCCUUCGAGGACCAGAGGGUUAUCGUCCUCGUGAGGAGGAGUGA